AGGCAACAAAGCCCAGCAGCAGCUCGGGCAGCGGCUCCUCUCUCCGGGGUCAGUCACCGGAUCAUCCACUCCUCCAGCCGGCAGAGGCAGGCGAGUCAUCUCGGCGUGUGUUUGCAUCGACAGAAAAGAAGUCCUGGCAGCUGUAUAUAUGUCUAUGGCUGUAAGCAUCACGCUAACCUGGUGAAGAUGAUGGUGGCAGCAGUGAUCGGCACCAUUUCAUACUUAUUUGUUUUGUCCAAACCACGUGUUAUGCGUCUUUACUGAGUCUAGCACUUCCGCGUACUUAAAAAAAAGGCUGUCCGUUUAAGACCCGCCUCCUUGAAACCUGAUUGGCUCACGGACCUCUCGGGAAUCAUUUUCCUGUUUCUGAUUGGACGGUGGCGUGAGCGACAUGUAGCGGUCGGACUCGGAUACGUAACGAGGACAUACGAGGCUUCAAGAAUACUUCCGGGUAGGAGACAAGUUAUGAAGGAGAAGAGGGCCUGAACUGUAAUGAAACAUUUGGGAAACUCUAUGGAUUCUUCAUGUCGAUGUGCCAACCUGGAUGGGUUAAAAACGGAGAAGUAAUUUCACGUUCAAGCCUUGCCUUUUCCAAGCUGAGCAGAGCAGUGGUGCGUGUGAGGAGCCUGGCGGCUCAACUCUGUGAAUCAACCAUGUCCACAAACCACCUGGGCUCCAGUCCGUCCUCUGCAGCCAACGGGGAAGCUCCCACUGCAGCCAUUCUCAUCAUUGGAGAUGAGAUACUCAAGGGUCACACUAUGGACACCAACAGUGCCUUUCUGACGCGAGCACUAAGGAAGCUCGGUGUGUCUGUGCAGCGCAUCACAGUCAUACCAGACAAACAGGAGGUCAUCGCCAAAGAGGUGGCUCUCCUUUCUCCUCAGUACACACACCUCAUCACCUCAGGUGGCAUAGGCCCCACCCAUGACGACGUCACCUUUGAGAGCGUUGCCAUGGCAUUCCAAGAAGAGUUACAUCCCCAUCCUGAACUCACCCGGCUGGUUGAGGAAUUCUUUGGGGUGGCGGAUAAGAACAGCGCUGCUAUGAAGCUCGCCAUGGUGCCUCGCUCAGCCAAACUCAACUACGGUACUGACCCUCAGACCGGACAGCCGCUCCGCUACCCACUGGUCAGCGUGCAUAAUGUGUUUAUCUUUCCUGGGAUCCCGUCUCUGAUGGAGAGGGCCUUUAAUGGGCUGGAGCACCUCUUUGCUGGGUCAGGGACCACAUUUCACUCUCGUGAGGUGUUUGUGGAUGCAGAUGAAGCAGAGAUCGCCCCUGUGCUGACUAAACUGCAGGCUGGUUGGGGCCGAAAGGUGGCUCUGGGAUCCUAUCCAGACUGGUUGAGCAACUAUCAUAGAGUCAGGCUGGUCCUGGACUCAGAUAGUCAGGAGGAGGUGGACAAAGCCCGAGGACAGCUGCUAGACGAGCUGCCCAAGGGUAGCGUGGUGCCCUUAGUCACUGACCCAGUGUCCAUCGCAACAGCUGAGGUGUACACACUGGCCAACAGCGGCACACCGCUGGGUGAGAAAGUUAUGUCUGCACUGAAAACAGUAGAGGCUGCACUGGAUCAGUAUUCGACAGAGGAAGUCUGCGUCGGCUUCAACGGGGGCAAAGACUGCACGGCGCUGCUGCAUCUCUACUACGCCGCACUGAAACGGCGGUAUCCAGAUGGCAAAGACAGAUUGAAAGCUCUGUAUAUCCGUAUUGUCUCUCCGUUCCCAGAAAUGGAGAGAUUCCUUCAAGACACAAUUAAAAGAUAUGACCUAGACCUGUUCUCUGUGGAGGGCAGUAUACGGCAGGCGCUGAGCGAGGUGCAGGAGAGGAGGCCGGAGCUGAAAGCCGUCCUGAUGGGGACCAGGAGGAGUGACCCCUAUUCACACACGCUAACCCCAAUGUGUCCCACUGACCCCGGCUGGCCAGACUACAUGAGAGUCAACCCGUUACUAGACUGGACGUAUCAUGACAUCUGGUCGUUCUUGAGGACGUUAUAUGUUCCCUACUGUAUUCUCUAUGAUAAAGGGUACACAUCACUGGGCAGCAUGGACAACACGUGUCGAAACACGGCCCUGCAGGUGGUGGAUGAGAGGGGGGUGACGCGAUACAGACCAGCCUACCUCCUGGAGAACGAAGAAGAGGAGCGAAACUCUCGCGCCUGAUGCCGUCUUACCACGUCUUAACACGUCCACUGUUUGCUGCUGGAGCCACAUUCUCAUAUCUCAGAUCAGGCAACCUGUGCACAUAUAACUGGAAAUAACAUAACAGAUAUUUUUAUAAAGUGAAUAUUUGCAGAAUGAAAUGAAGAAAGUCUCUUUGUGUGGGUGUGUGGGUGUGUGUGUGUGUGGGUGUGCGCUUAUGUCUGCGUAUUAUUUGUUUAUACAUGUGAGUCUCGCUCUAAAGUAAUUGCUUCCCUGUGCUGUUGAAUAAAACAUCAAUCUUUGUCAUUUUCUCCCAUUGUCAUGUUGCUAUUUUAAGAGGAGUCUCACAUACAAAUGGCAGUGUGUGUGUGUGUGUGUGUGUGUGUGUGUGUGUGUGUGNGCAUGCAGGGCUUUCAAUAUUGCUCUUGAUUUAUCUCAUUCAUGAAUCCAUUUGUCUUGUUUCUAAAAAAAA